UCCCGGGUCCUGCACGUUCCAUUCCCAGGCGGCCCCGGGGCGCUGCCCGAGCGGCCCCCUGAGUCCCCUGGCCGGGGCGCCGAAGCCGCGACGCAGGCAGACUGACCAUGGCGGAGUUCUCCCAGAAUAGGAGCAAGCGGCGUGACGGCGAGGUGCUGGGAGGCGCUGUAGACUUCCUCCUGGCCAAUGCCCGCCUGGUGCUGGGAGUGGGCGGAGCUGCGGUGCUGGGCAUUGCCACCCUGGCCGUGAAGCGGCUCAUUGACAGGGCCACCAGCCCCCGGGAUGAGGACGCCGCCAAGGGGGACGCCCCAUGCCUGGAGGACAGCUGGCAGGACCUGAGCCUGCUCAAGGCCACGCCACGCCUCCAGCCCCAGCCCCCGCCCGCUGCGCUCAGCCAGCCGGUGCCGCCUCCAGCUCCCUCACUCUCUGCCCCAGAAGGGUCUGCUGACGCAGGGCCCCAGACGUCGCCUCAGCUUAGCUCGCCAGCACCACCGCUGUGUCUGACGUUCCAGGAGAAACUGCUGGCUUUUGAGCGGGACCACGUGACUGUGCCAGGGGCUCACGUGUCUCUGGCCAAGCAGCUGGCGGGUGACAUUGCCCUGGAACUACAGGCCUAUCUGCGGAACAAGUUCCCAGACCUGCCCUUUGGGGCGCUUGUGCCCGGCGGGCCACUCUAUGAGGGGCUGCAGGCGGGGACUGCCGACCCUGUGCGGCUCCUGGUGCCCCUGGCACUGGAGCCAGGCCUGUGGAGCCUGGUGGCCGGCUCGGACACUGUAGCCCAAGACCCUCGCUGCUGGGCUGUGCGUAGGACUCAGCUGGAGUUCCGCCCCCGUGGGAGCAGCCCCUGGGACCGCUUCCUGGUGGGCGGCUACCUCUCCUCCCGGGUCCUGCUGGAGCUGCUCCGGAAGGCCCUGAUCGCCUCCGUCAACUGGCCAGCCAUCGGCAGCCUCCUCGGGUGUUUGAUCCGGCCACGUGUGGCCUCAGAUGAGCUGCUGCUGGAGGUGCAGCACGAGUGCCUGGAGCUCACCGUGGCCGUGCUGCUGGCGGUGGCUGGAGCCCAGGAUGGAGACCUUUUGCUGGCCUGGCCCUUGGACGGGUUAGCUGGGAACCUUUGGCUGCAGGACUGGUACCCAGCUGAGGCUGCCCGGCUGCGGGCCCUGGAUGAGCAGGACACUGGGACCCGCCGGCGGCUGCUGCUGCUGCUCUGCGCUAUCUGCCGCAGUCACUCAGCUCUGUGGCGGCUGGGCCGGGACCGCCUGGCUCAGGUGGUUCUGCACCUGGGUGAGCAGGAGGCUGACUGGGCUGAGGAGGCCCUGGGGGAGCACUUCCUGCAGGCUCUGGAGCUGCUUCUCAGCAGCCUGGAGCAGGCCAGCCUUCCCAGCCACUUCAACCGCGGUGUGAACCUCCUGGAUGGCCUGCGGGAGGAAGAGAUUGACGACUUGGGCUUUGCACUGUACCGUGGCCUACAGGCCCCCGAGGGGCUGCUCUAGAGGGCGGAUGCAGCUGGGCAACAGACCACUGCUUUUAGCUGGAACGAGGGUGUGUGGGCCGCCUUCGGCUUGCAGGAGCUGCCAUGAGUCCCAGGCAGGGAUGAGGCCACUGUCAUUUUCUGUCCCAAGGGUGUCAUGCUUCCUCUGGGUGCGGGCAUCUCCAGGCUGCUGGUGCUUGGCCGUGGACACUGUUUGGUAACCCCCCCGGGGCUGGAGUCACCUGGUAUCCUCAGAACGUAGCUUUUGGCUGACCCUCAGGCCUGUUUUCUGUGCUAUGUGCCUGGUUUGCUCUCUAGCCUGGACUAGCCGGGGCUAACCUGGGGGAAGGCCCUUCCGCUCUAGCCUCGGAGGCCCUGGGCGGGCCCUGUCCUCACUGGGGGAGCCAAGGCUGUCUGUGCUGCUCGCCUGGCCCAGAGCCUAGGGUGCCCCUGGCUGCUGCCAGCCCGGCCCCCACUGUGCCAACACCAGCUGUCCUAGCUGACCCUGUGCUCUCCCUGGAGCUGGUGGGGGCUUGGGCCAGGGGGGUGUUGUCUGCCUCCCCUCCCAGGCAUCUCUCCUCUCUGGUAUCCUUCCUGCUAAAGUAAAGCUAUGCCACAAGGACUGUGAAUGAGAAUAAAAAACUCAAAAAAG